CCUUUUUUUCUAACAAACAAAAAUAUACUUUUGAUUUCUUAUUCUCAAAAGCUUACCAACCCAAAAAAAGUAUGAAGAGAGAAAGAUCUGAGUUCGAAGAAUCCAUCAAGAUGUCUGAUGACAUUGCUAGAUGUCUGAUGAUAUUAUCACAGACCUCCAUGGUCAAACAAGUCGAUGUGAACCAAUAUACCGAGCGCAAUACAAGUAACCGGUUCGAAUGCAAAACGUGUAACAAGAGAUUCUCUUCGUUUCAAGCCCUAGGUGGCCACCGGGCAAGCCAUAAGAAGCCAAAGCUAUCCGUUGAGCAGAAAGAGGUGAAACAUGUUACCAACAAUUAUAAUGGAACUCAUAUGCACGAGUGUACGAUAUGCGGUCAGAGUUUUGGGACCGGACAAGCUUUAGGUGGUCACAUGAGACGACAUAGGUCAAGCAUGAAGGUGGAGCCAUCGCAGCUCAUCUCUCCCGUGAUUUCUAACGUACCGGUUCUGAAACGAUGCAGUAGUAGCAAGAGGGUUUUGUCUUUGGAUUUGAAUCUAACUCCCUUAGAGAAUGAUCUUGAAACUAUUUUUGGGAAGACGUUUUUCCCGAACAUAGAUAUGAAGUUCGUUGUUUAGUUUUUUUUUUUUGUUUUUUCGAUCGUUUAGGUUAUCGUAAUUCUUUUGUAUCGUAAGCCUCCAUUCUUUUUAUUAAUUCUUUCAAACGUUAUGUUCAUUGUUGGUUGUCAUGUAUGAGAAAUAUUUAGCUGAA